UAGUAUUAUUGUUGUGUGCCUAGGCUGGUGAAAGGGGAUCUUGAAAACACCAUUAUUUCUGUUUUCCCUCUUUCCUUGCGUAUUUCGCCAUCAGAAGCUGCUGAAGGAAGAGCCUUUAUUGCUAAACCAAUUCGUCCCUCAACUCUCUCGAUGUUAAAACAAAAGGAGUAAACAUUUUGAGUGUGGAGGAAUGUGAUUGAGUAGUAGUAGUAGUAGUUGGUGAAGUGGAAGAGAGCGAAAAUGUGGAUCUUGAGCGUGUAUCGCUCUCAGAUUCAGUAGAAGUAUGACGAGAGUCGAGUCUGUAUUUCUCUCAUUUGCUAGGGUUUUCUUCUGCCGUCGCCAUUUCCAUUGUGGAGCCGGAUUUUGACUUUACUCUCUCCCAUGACAACUACUAAGCGUGCUUAUAAGCUACAGGAAUUCGUAGCUCAUUCUUUAAGCGUGAACUGCUUGAAGAUUGGAAGGAAGUCAUCCAGGGUUCUUCUAACCGGGGGAGAAGAUCACAAGGUUAACCUUUGGGCCAUUGGAAAGCCCAAUGCCAUCUUGAGUUUAUCAGGCCAUUCAAGCGGAAUUGAUUCAGUUAGUUUUGAUUCUUCAGAGGUGUUGGUAGCUGCAGGAGCAGCAAGUGGUACUAUCAAGCUUUGGGAUUUAGAGGAGGCCAAGAUUGUUCGCACACUCACCGGGCACCGAUCCAACUGUAUAUCAUUGGACUUUCAUCCCUUUGGUGAGUUCUUUGCAUCUGGGUCUCUAGAUACAAACCUAAAGAUUUGGGAUAUCAGACGCAAAGGGUGUAUCCACACAUACAAAGGUCACAGCAGAGGUGUCAAUGCCAUCAGGUUCACUCCAGAUGGCCGAUGGGUUGUAUCUGGUGGGGAAGACAAUACUGUCAAGCUUUGGGAUUUAACCGCAGGAAAGCUUUUACACGAUUUCAAAUCUCAUGAAGGGCAGAUUCAGUCCAUAGACUUUCACCCCCAUGAGUUUCUACUUGCAACAGGUUCUGCUGACAGAACUGUAAAAUUCUGGGACCUUGAAACUUUUGAGCUCAUAGGUUCUUCUGGACCCGAGACAUCAGGGGUGCGCUGUAUGACCUUCAAUCCCGAUGGAAGAACCCUUCUCUGCGGUUUGCAUGAGAGUUUGAAGGUUUGCUCGUGGGAACCAAUUAGAUGUCAUGAUACAGUAGAUGUUGGAUGGUCUCGAUUGUCGGAUCUUAAUAUUCAUGAAGGGAAACUCCUUGGAUGCUCUUACAAUCAAAGUUGUGUUGGAGUGUGGGUUGUAGAUAUUUCGCGUCUUGAACCUUAUGCAAUGGGUAAUACAACCAGAUUAAAUGGUCAUUCUGAUGUAAAAUCAAAUUCGAGUGGGACUUUAUCCAAUCUGGCUGAGGAUGCUAGCAAAGCCAAUUUGGGUAGACUCUCAAUUUCUCAAAAUUCUGAUCCUGUUAAAGAGACCAAAUCUUUUGGAAGACUUUCAGUAUCACAAAACUUGGAUCUUCAAAGGGAUUCUAGGACUCUUACUACUACUGCAAAUGCACCUGGCACUCCUCAAAGAAUAAAUCUGAGUGUUAGCGUGAAAGCACCUCCAGUUAACACAACAGCAAUUCCUCAUACAACUGGUCUAAAGAGGAAUUCAGCUAAAGCCCAAUCAGCAGCUAAUUCUUCCAUGGUCAAUAGGUCAGAGGUCAUACCUGUUAUUGUUCCCAGAAAUAAUGACAGAAUGGAGCAAGCAUCUGAACCCAGGAAAGAAGGAAUCGCAACAAGGGCAAUGCAGCAGUCAUUGCAGACAAAAGUCUCUGAUAUACGGAAGUUUCCAACUCUCAAGGAAGACCUUGGGAGGCCAAAUGCUGUGUCACAGUCUGACAUUGAAGUCCCUAAGGCUAUUGAAUUCAGCAGUAUAGCAGAGAAGAACAACUUCCCUUCAGUUAAAUGCUCAAUCCUUGGAGCUGCAGCAACUGAGAGGAAUGUGAAGGAUGACAAUAGUCUGGUCUCAACAAAACCUGAAGCGCAAGCAGCACCCGAGUUACUUUCCAGAAACCAAAACGAAAAUUAUGAAGCACGUGGAAAUGUUGUUAGGAGUGUUAAUCCUAUGGAAGGUCAAAGAAGAGCAAGGACACGGUCUAUUGUUGCAAAUUGGGAGAAGCGAGAGAGGAUUCAAUAUCAGGAGUGUCUUGCUCCCAGCAAUGUUGUCGGGACAGUACCUGCUAUGAAUAUGCUUCCUCCAAAUUUGAGAGGGCGUCCUUCAUCAGCUGAAAGUGUAACAGUUUCUGCUACAGAUGAGGAUGCCAUUGCUGACUUGAUGGAACAGCAUGACCAAUUUGUUGGCUCAAUGCAAUCUCGUUUGGCCAAAUUACAGGUUGUCUAUCAAUACUGGCAAAGACACGACAUUAAAGGGGCACUUAGUGCAAUGGAGAAGAUGGCAGAUCCUUCUGUGCUUGCUGAUGUAAUUAGCUUUUUAACAGAGAAAAAUGACAUUAUUACAUUAGAGAUUUGCACAUGCCUUCUACCACUUCUUGGGGGGUUGCUUGAGAGCAACUUGGAUAGGCAUCAAGAUAUUUCAUUGAAUAUGCUGCUCAAACUUGUUAGAGUAUUUGGUUCAGUGAUUUAUUCUUCAAUGUCUGCGCCAGCAUCAGUUGGUGUUGAUAUUGAGGCAGAGCUAAGGAUGGAACGCUACAAGCUUUGCUUUGUUGAGCUUGAAAAAGUAAAAAAUUGGCUGCCCGCUCUUACCAGGUGCGUCUGUGCAUCUUCAUCCACUCUUGGACCAAUGUUACACAACUAAUUUUUUUUUUUUUUUUUUUU